UGGAUUUUUGGGUUUUUGGUUUAUUUUUUACUUGUUUUGGUUUCUUAUCGGUUUUGGUUUCUCUUUCUUAUGUCUCCUUGUUUCUCUGUCGUGGUCUGAUUUUAAUGCUCUCUCUGUGAUGCUUUGAUUUUUCAUGUAGCAUCGGUAGCUUUGUAAAUCUUUGCUUUAAGCUUUUUUAAUUUUUCAUUUACUGUUUAUUCAUGCAAGAUCUCUGAUCAAAUGCGCUACAAACCUAGAACAGUAUCUGAACGUUGAUAUUAUUGAUUGAAUGUGAUUGACACUGUAGUAAUCAAUGAAACUUUAGAAUUUAGAUUAAUGGAUUGAUUGUUUAUGACUAGUUGCUGUCCCUUCUUAGGAAUGCACAUUAUUCCUUACUCAAAGUAGCUAUUCAUUACUCAAGUAGCUAUUCCUUCUUAAGGAUGCAACUUGGACCAUUAUUGUGGUAUCAAAAUUGCUAUUGUUAGAAGGCACUGCUUUCUCUUCCAGGAGGUUAGCAGUGAAUUCAGAACUUGGGGGCAAGAACCAAGUUGCUUUGAACCGAUGUUUGUUCACAGGAUUGCCUUGUGAAUACCAACAGGAACUGGAAAUCUUGCCAACCAGGUAAAUGUCUUGGCCUCACAAGCUUAAUAGAGUUGGGGUUAUGAAUUUAACUCCAUUUUAGGGUAUUAUUAUGUUUCUUUUGUUGUGGUUUUUACUGUUUCAUUGGAUUGAUUCGGGUUGUUAUUUGGGUUAAGCAAUGAAUCUGGUUUAGCUAUUUUGAUUGGCUUGGAGUUAUUUGGAUGAUUGUUUAGUGGAAUUGGCUCCUUUUUGGGUGUUGCCUUUCUUUAGAUUUUUGAUUUGUAGAUGAAAUCUUAGUUAUUCCUUUCAUUAUUUCCUUCUUUGAUUCACUGGAGCCAUUUGGUCUUGCUUUUCAUGGCAGAAUUGAUGUGUAGUUCACAUAAAACAAGAGUAUGCAAAGUGAUUGGUUAAAUUCAUCUCUAAAACAGCUUCCAUUUAACCCUUUCAAGUCAUUUACAUCAUUGGAUAUAUAGAAGUUCUAUUGGGUACUUUCUUUCUUCUUUAUGUUAUAAUGUUGUUACUUUUCUUAUUAAAUAUUGUUAAUUAUUCGUAUGACGAAAGUUUCAACUGCUAUUUCAAGGAUAAAUAAUUAGGGAGCCAAUUGACUGAGAGCCGAAUUGGCCUCUAUGACCUUUUUGUCUUCUCAAUGGGAAAACAUCCCCUGAACUUCAUCUCCUAAAAAGCAUCAGCAAAGUUCACAAUCUUGUUAUUGUUAAUCAGUAUAAAAACCGUUUUCAGUACAUCUUAGGGCUUGAUUGUUCUCUCAUUGUAUACAAGGUCCUCUUUACCCUUGUGUUUUUGCUAUCAAGUUCUUCUUUUCUUGCGAUGGUAUGCGAAUGUAAGAUCAUAGUAGCUUGUGUUGUAGAUCAUUGUGGAAGAAGACUUGCUUAAUGAGGCGUGGUCUAACAAUAACUUCCAAAGAGAAGCUAAAGCCCCAGGGUAAUCUCAAUAUGGAAGUAUGAAUAUUUGUUAUCUGUUGAUUGCAUAUUGCCAUUGAGUAGCGGUUUUUUAUUGAAUUUCGCUAGACAUACCUGCUGCUCCAGAAACUCCUUGUAAUUUCCGUCUGAAUGAGUUGCGAUUUUCAUUUUUUUUCAUUUUAUAUAAAUUAAACUUGUGAUUUCCACCUUUAACUAGGAACUGAUCAUCUCUGGUUUGUAAGAUGCAUUAUGAUCUAUCUCAUGAUGAGGGGCACUUAGUUACAUAGACCUUGCAUUCUUUAUAUGUUUCUACAGAAGGCCUUUGUUAUGAAAUUCCUAGAUUUCAAAAGUUGAACUCUGUGCUGUUGGUUAUAUUUGUAUCUGAACCUAUUACCCUUGCAGUAGCUUUACUGAGUAGAAGAAUAUAAUGCAAGAUCGUUAGAUCAAAAUGCCCAAAAGGAAUUGGUUACUAUCCAUUUGUAUGAAGGGAAAUUGGUUACAUAUAUCGUUGGCAUUUUGAUAAUUUUGACCAUAGUAUCUUUAGACUUGAUCAUGAUUAUUUAUAUGUUAAUGGACCAAUACUUAUCCUAGAUUACUUUCUUUGGGCAUUUAAAAUAGAAAAUUAUAUUUGUGGAAGAGCAUUGCAAGAUUCUGGUGAUGGAAUAACAGUAGUGCUUGACUGUUUCCUGAGUCUGUAAACCUGAAUUCUGUCAAACUAAGAAUUCAAUUUAUUAGAAACAAUUGUUAAUUCAGUAUAUUAGUCCAUCACUAUUGGUCAACAUUAUUUGGUAUUAGAGUUUUAUGGGAGCGUUACAGGAAAUGCUGGCAUGGAGGUCCUGAACAUUGAGAUUGAUAUACCAUAGUCAAGCUGUCAUGAACGAUCUUAUCUGUUGAAAAAUACACUUGAUAGGUAUGUCCAAUUACUUUUUUCACGUAGAGGUAUUUGCUCACUGAUGUUUACCAUGUACUUGUUGUAUGAUUAUAGAGACAAAUGUAAGUAUUUGCAAAAAUAUGUAUGUUUAUGCACAUGAUCAAGUGAUCGGAAGCUUCUGGAGAUAAUAUGAGUAAUGACUUUAGGCUCUUUAUGGUCUCUACAUACCGGUGAUGGAUGGCUGUGAAAGCCAUAAAAGCCCAUAAUAGGGUUGUGUUCUGGGCACCAUAUUGAUUGAUCAUGAUGCAUCAUCUUGCUCUAAGGAAAAUCACAUAAUAUCAAUUUAUAUUUUCAUCAGUAGAUUGUAUGAUAUUAAGACUAUUUUGUUAGGUCAGCAAUGAAAUUUGAACAUUGGACAUUUUGUUGCAGCCCUCAAAGCCCCCACCACCAAACAAUGAGCCCAAAUCCCUUGUAAAUUGUAUAUAUUCUUGUGUUACUUCAUGAAAAACUAUAGGUUUGGACAUGCUCAUUGUUCGAUACUUUAAAAUCAUGACUUACUUCAGGGUAUUCUGGUUGGCAAUCCAGGUACUUAGAACUUACUUAACAUUCCAUGAGGUUUUCAAACGCAGAAAUCAGGAAUUUCUUUAACUUCCCAGGAGGUUAUCAAACACAGAAAUCAGGAACUUUUUACAGUAACUUCUAUCUUCCCAGCAAGGAGGAACUUCCAAUUUACAAUUCAUGAACUUGCUUCCAGAUAUCAAACAGGCCCAAAAACGUUUCUCUCUCUCUCCACCUCUGCUCUUCCUUUAAAAACUCCUCUCUCUCUCUCUCCAGCUCCACAACUUCCAUUAAAAAACCCUUAGCCCCUUGUUAAACUUAAAACCAUGGUUGGAAAAUUCAUCCUCCAUACGCUAGCUCUCUCUUUAACUUUAUACAGAAACAUUAUCUUUGCAUCUCCCUUUUGAAGUUAUUAUCAAACCUUUUCUCUUCAGUUUCCCUUGUAUUGAAACCCUAAAACGAUGUUUUAUUCUCAUUACAUUCUCACUCGAAAGGGCCCUCUUGGAACUGUAUGGAUGGCUGCGCAUCUCCAGCACAAGCUUCGCAAGUCUCUAGUUGCAGAGACCAACAUCCCUUCAUCUGUUGAUUCAAUCAUGUUCUCUGAAGUCCCCAUUGCACUAAGGAUAUCAGGGCACCUCCUACUGGGUGUUGUUUGCAUAUAUUCAAAGAAAGUUGACUAUCUUUACCAUGACUGCAAUGAGGCCUUAUCUAAAUUACGAAGUGCCAUUGCCACGAUACAUGUUGACCUUCCUGCAGAUGCAUCGUGUGCAGCAUUCAACUCUGUCACUUUGCCUGACACAUUUCAACUUGAUGCUUUGGAUAUGGAUUAUCACACAGCUGAGGCACCAGAUAAUCAUCUCAAACCUCAAGAUCAGAUUACUAUAUCAGAUCAGGUUCCUGGUGAAGGAAGUCCAUACACAAAAUUUUUUGUGAAUGAGGAUUUUGGAGGUAUGAGUUCCCAAUUUGGGUUCCAAUACUUCGGGAUGAGGAUAAUUGAAGAAGUUGUUCUGCCUCCUUCAAUAAAUACUAGUGUGGGCAUGGCUGGAAUUGAUCCUCAACAAAGUCUUGAAGUUACUAAUAAUAGAAUUUUGGAAGAUCAGUUUUUCCACGAAACCCCAGAACUUCAGCGUGAUGUGGUCCAACCAUUGCCCUCCAACCCUGUAAUGAAUGACCUUGCUGGAUUUUCUGUACCACAAAAUGAACCUGUUGAUCAUAUCAUAGAUGAGUCAUAUGUGCCAGACAUAGUUGAAGCUCCUAUUCUUGAAGCAGGGCGAUUUCAUCCUGGUUCUGGUUUGGCUACAUUUUCAGGAGCAAAGAUACGUACACCAGAGAUUCUUCCAGGCCCUCCUUCAGAGGGCACAAUUAAGAUGGCUUCAAGUCCUCCUGUUCAGAACAUAAAUCAGAGAUCAAGGAAGAGGAAGCAGUUUGAUGAAGUCAUUGUAUUGUCUAAUGAGGACAUGAAAAUGCAACUGCAAGAUGCAAGCAAACUUGUGCGUAAACGUAAGAAAUGCCCAGUCUCAACUCUAGAUGUUCGGGAGGCCUACAGGAGCUCUCACAUUGAUCAGAUUUUCCUUGAGCCCUCAAUACCUGACUUGUGCAUGCCUCUCCAAGAAGCAUUAAAAAAAAUGUUGCUUGCUCCCAAGGUUGCAGGGCCUUCUGUGGAGGAUCCACAAGGUCCCAAAAGAGUUCAAUCUCCUGAUGGCCCUUCAUCUAUUCCAAAUGAAGAAAUUGAGCAGGCUUUUGUGGAGGAUCAACAAGAAAUCACAAGAGCUCCAUUGCCUGCUGGUCGAUCAACUAGGGUUGUGCCAAAUGAAGAAACUGGACAGGUUCCUAUUGAGGACCCACAAGAAGGCAUAAGAGCUCCAUCUUGUGCUCGCACACCAUCUACUCCCAGUGAAGAAAUUGAUAGCUUUCCCCAACUGCCAUAUCCUUCUCCAAGAAUAGGCGACUCCACUUAUGAAAUUCCUCACACUGUGGGAUCAACGUUACCUAGUGGAAUGACUCUGGAAACUGAGAUUAUGGAGUGGGAACCUCCAUCUGCUGACCUGCUUGAAGCAUCAGCUGCUGAUCAAGAGGAGCAGCUACGUGUUAUUGAGACACCAGAGGACCUUUUUGAAGGCAGAUGCUGGUCAAUCAGGUAAAUGCAAAUGCACUGCCUCUGAAAGUGAUUUCAGAUGAAUGACUUAUUCUGAAGGGGAAAUUUAUCAUUGUCCAAUGGACUUUGGCUCACCAUAGUCCAGUAGCAUCAUGACCUCCUAUGGAGUGUUUGGCAAUGGAGACGGACUGUGUCCUACCACAAAAUGAGUACAUGAUCGCAGGUGAGGGACCUAGAGAAGAUGGUGUGCAUACCUGGUCUGUGAGGACCAGGGCAGUUGCACAGUAUCUACAGAAAGCGUUUCAAUCCGAGAGUUCAAAAAGACCUUUAAGAAAUCUAAGCUUGAACAGAAUUCUUGAAGGAAGAACAAGAAAUGAGUGUGCCAAACUGUUCUUUGAAACUUUGGUAAUCUUCAUAUGCUUUGUUUUGAGUUCUUCUCAAGUAAACUUGCAACCUAUUCCAUUUCAUUGUACAUGAAUAUCUCUAACAAUUUCAUUGUACGUGUGUAUCUAUAUGGUUAUUUGACCUUAUACAGCCUUAAGUCUUAUAAAAUAGGAAGGUUAAAGGUAUUGUUAGUUUACAUCAAAUUGCUCUUUCUACAUGCAUAAAUGCAAUUUCUUUUCUACUUCAGCUAGUGGUGUUCUUGGUAAGUUCGGGCCGGCCUUAGUGUGCAAGAUUUUGGAUCAAAGCACAGAUUCCCAACCUUUCGAAAAUUGCAGGUUUUGAAGAGCAAUGCUUUUAUUGAAGUGCAACAAGAACAUCCUUAUGGUGAUAUUGACCUUUCAAUGGCUCCUAGACUGGCAAAGGGAAAGUUUUGAAUCCUUUGCCUUCUUAAUUAUGCAUAAUGACCCUCCAAUAUCAGCUAAACUCUAGCAACUGGUGCCCAAACUUGAGGUGUGCUUUUGGUAGGUGGUAAAUUGGCUCAACUAACAGCUUGACUGCCAAGCAUUUCCAUGCCAAGAGUUAUUAUGUUUAAAGAAAGGUUGCUAGGUUGUGCUAGAUGGUGUAAAUUACUCUCUUUUUCAAAAUUGGCUAUCUAUCUAUGAUUUAUCUAUUUAAUGUAAAUUCUCUCUCUCUCUCUCUCAUGAAAUCUUGUAAGAUGUUCCACUGCUAGGAAAUAACAUUCUAUUUCUUUUGUACUUUUUGGUGCUGAGAUAAUUUUCAUUUAAGAAAGCAUGGAGCCAAGAGUUGCUA